AUGCUGCUUGAAUACAGCCUCGUACAAGGCCUGUUCGGCGCGCUGCUCUUGGCUCCAACUACUGUCGCAACACCAUACUCACGAAAUCACAGGCGCCGGGAUGAAUAUGUAUGGCCGACCGAGGUAGCUGACCAAGCUCAUGACUCUUCAUGGCCAGAUUUCGUCAACAAGACGACCCGGUGGUCGACGUAUGAGCCCCCAUCAUUCAACGAAGUGUUCCUCCCCGAGAACGUUGAAGACCUGUCUAUCGGGUUGAAAUACCUGUCUGGAGCUGGAAAGACCUUCCUAGCCAAAUCCGGCGGCCACGGGUAUUCCCCCACCCUUCAUGCUAUACAGGAUGCCGUCAUGAUCAACCUGGAGAACUUUGAUUACGUCACCGUCAACGAAGAUCUCAGUGUGACUUUGGGAACCGGGGCCAAGUUCUCUGAGCUGGUCGAAGUGGUUGGCAAUGCUGGCCGAGAGUUGACGGUUGGAGCGUGUCCUUGCGUCGGGGCGAUGGGCGCCAUGCUCGGCGGCGGCCUCGGUCGAUUCCAGGGUCUUCACGGUCUGACCAGCGAUGCGUUGAGAAGUGCACGUGUCGCGCUGUGGAAUGGCACCAUUGUUGAGGCCUCUGCGGACGUGAACCAAGACCUGUUCUGGGGCCUACGCGGUGCCGGUCAAAAUUUUGGUGUCGUCAUCGACGCCAUCUUCGAGACGUACGCUGCGACGAACGGAGGUCAACAGUACAGCUCCGACAUGACCUUCAGCGCCGACAAGCUGGAGGCUGUCUUCGAUGUGACCAAUCAACUCCUGAGCGACGGACUGGAUCCAGCCCUGGCUCUGGCCAUCGCUAUUGGAUCCAACCCAGUCACACUUGAGCCUUUGAUUCUCGUCAACGUCGUCUACCCGGGCCCCGAGGAAAAGGGCCAGGAGUAUGCACGCCUCUACUCGAACUUUAGCGACAGCAUGACGGAGCAGAUGACGGCGUGGACCAACCUGGCCAACGUGGCCCUCCCAAGCGUUGUAAUCUCUGGAUGCCCUACGGGUAACCAGCACAAUCAGUACAGCAUCAUGACCAAAGACCUAAAGACGGAACAUUUCCGCGAGGCUCUAGAGUCUUACCGGUCUUUCGUGCAGCAACACCCGACAGCCAACAACAGCGUCAUCUUCAUCGAGACGUUUGGCCAGGCGGGCAUCAAGGCGUUCCCCGACGACUUCUCUGCCUUCCCCCACCGCAACCAGUUCGACAACGCCGUUGUCUUCUCCAUGACGUACGCCGAUGUCAGCGUGGCCGAGGAUGCCGACGCGUGGGCGCUGCAGUGGCGCGAUCACUUUGCGCAGCCCGAAGUCUCAGGAUACGACAAGAUGGUCAUCUACCAGAACUAUGCCCACGAUGACGAGCCGCUUUCGGCGCUCUAUGGGUACGAUGGGUGGCGUCACGAACGACUGAGUGCUUUAAAGAAAAGCUAUGAUCCCCAGGGCCUCUUCAACGGAUACCAUGCUGUACCUGCUGACUUAGCAGGUUGGUCUUGA